UUACCGUUGUGGAUGCUUCCUUUCUUCUUUGUGUUUGGACCGUUUAAUACUUUUAUUUUUUGUUUAUGUGUGGUUGAAUUUGAGUGAUUACAGCGCUUGUUUAUUGCAGCAUAAACCAUGUCUGGGUACCGCAAAUGCGCAGUUAGAGGCUGUCAGGGCAGUGUUUUAGUAUGGCAUAGAUUUCCAAAUCCGACGAAAUUUAUGUAUGCUUUUGUGCAAUGGGUGGAUUGUAUUGACUUCACAGAGGAAGACAAUUAUGGUAACAACAGACUUAGGAUGGAUGCUGUGCCAUCACUAAAUCUUCCUGAUCAACAAAUAUCCAACACGACUGAUGAAAUUCUUGGAAAACCAUCAACUUCAGCAUCAUCACAACAGUUGGGAGAAGUUUGCUCAGUUACCACUUCACAACCAGAAAAUCUUGAUGUAACUGCAGUAGAACCCAUUGAGGAACAUUAUUCAGAAGCAAGUUCGUCAAGAACAGAAUCUGGAUUAUUGCAUAAGGUACAUGUAACCAGAGAAACUUUGAACUCACAGGCUGCUAAUUUGAACUCGAGGCUAAUUGAGUCUACAAUUCAUAAAUAUGAUAAUAGCUCCAUCUGGGUCAUUAUCACAAAAUCCAUACUAUUCCACUAGCAGUUUAAUUAAAAAUAUACUUGAGUAGAAGAUUAUGAUUUUAAUAUUUUUAU